AUGUCAAAUACUACAUCUGGAACUGGUAAGCGAAGAGUGAAAAGAACAUAUGAAGUUACAAGACAAGAUGAGACUGCAAUAGGUACUGGGUCAUCUUCCGUGGGUGAGGAAGAGGACAAAGAGGCAGAAAAUAAGAACUUUACCUCACAGCCAAAACGAUCACGCUAUGACCCUAAUAAAACUUUUUCUUAUACGAACCAAGCUUCAAAGAGUAAUGAUCUAAAAGAAGAACCACUUGAAUCGCAAAAAAGAUCUCUAAAAUAUGGUGGGAAAACAAGGUCAAAUAAUGAGCUUACUUCGAAGAAAGGUGUGUUGAGUGAUUCUGAGAACAAAGCUGAGGACGCAUCUUCUAAUGCGGGUUGUGAAUUAGAAGCUACUCAUAAAAUAAGGAAUGCAAAAGAAAGUGAUAAAAUAAACAGACAGCACAUAUGGGAGGAACAACAACUGCGAAAUGCGAUGGCCAGAAAAAGCGAUCAUCCUGAUGACAUUGUAGUGGAAGGGUCUGAUAAGUACGAUUAUGUCUUCGACACGGAUGCAAUGAUUGAUUACACUAAUGAAGAGGACGAUAUGCUACCUGAGGAGAAACUUCAAUAUGAGGCUCGCUUAGCAAAGGCUUUAGAAACUGAGGAAAAGCGUAUACUGACUAUACAAGAGGCAAGGAAACUUUUGCCCGUACACCAAUAUAAGGAUGAGCUGCUACGAGAGAUCAAAAAACAUCAAGUUUUGAUUAUAAUGGGUGAAACUGGUUCUGGUAAAACUACACAGUUACCACAAUAUUUGGUAGAGGAUGGAUACACUGAUCAGGGGAAGUUACAAAUCGCCAUAACACAACCACGCCGUGUGGCCGCCACUUCUGUUGCAGCAAGAGUGGCAGAUGAAAUGAAUGUUGUGCUCGGCAAGGAAGUGGGUUACCAGAUCCGUUUUGAAGACAAAACAACUCCAAAUAAGACGGUUCUGAAGUAUAUGACAGAUGGUAUGUUACUGAGAGAAUUUCUGACAGAUUCCAAAUUAACUAAAUAUUCCUGUAUUAUGAUUGACGAAGCUCACGAACGUACCCUAGCUACAGAUAUCUUGAUAGGCUUGUUGAAAGAGAUUUUGCCGCGAAGACCCACUUUAAAAUUACUAAUAUCAUCAGCAACAAUGAAUGCAAAAAAAUUUUCGGAGUUUUUUGAUGAUUGUCCAAUUUUCAACGUCCCUGGGAGAAGAUACCCUGUAGAUAUUCACUACACAUUACAGCCAGAGGCAAACUAUAUUCACGCUGCUAUAACAACUAUUUUUCAAAUUCAUACUACGCAGAGUUUACCGGGGGAUAUACUGGUGUUCUUAACGGGGCAAGAAGAAAUUGAAAGAACAAAAAUCAAGUUGGAGGAGAUCAUGUCUAAAUUAGGUUCUAGAACAAAACAAAUGCUUAUAACACCUAUAUAUGCGAAUUUGCCCCAAGAGCAGCAAUUGAAAAUCUUUCAGCAGACCCCGGAAAAUUGUAGGAAAGUAGUUUUGGCAACCAAUAUCGCGGAAACUUCGUUGACCAUUGAUGGUAUUAAGUAUGUCAUUGAUCCUGGAUUUGUUAAGGAGAAUUCUUACGUGCCUUCCACGGGAAUGACCCAACUUUUGACAGUUCCAUGCUCAAGAGCUUCAGUUGAUCAGCGUGCUGGUAGGGCUGGUCGUGUUGGGCCUGGAAAGUGUUUCAGAAUUUUUACCAAAUGGUCAUAUUCGCACGAAUUAGAACUCAUGCCUAAGCCUGAGAUCACAAGAACAAACCUUUCUAACACAGUGUUACUAUUGCUAUCGCUUGGCGUUACUGACUUGAUAAAGUUUCCUUUAAUGGAUAAACCCAGCAUCCCUGCGUUACGGAAGUCUUUGGAGAAUUUAUACAUUUUAGGUGCUUUAAAUAGCAAGGGGACAAUAACUCGGCUAGGUAAAAUGAUGUGCGAGUUUCCCUGUGAACCUGAGUUUGCUAAAGUGCUUUAUACAGCUGCUACGCACGAACAAUGCCAAGGUGUAAUAGAAGAGUGUUUGACCAUAGUUUCGAUGCUACAUGAAACAUCUUCAUUAUUUAUUGGUCAAAAAAGAGACGCUGCAGCAAGUGUAAUAAGUGAAGUGGAAAGCGAUCACAUGCUGUAUUUGGAAAUCUUCAAUCAAUGGAGAAGCUCUAAAUUUUCCAGAAGUUGGUGUCAAGACCACAAAAUUCAAUUCAAAACGAUGUUGAGGGUAAGGAAUAUUAGAAACCAAUUGUUCAGGUGUAGUGAAAAGGUUGGAUUAGUUGAAAAGAACGACCAAGCCAGGAUGAAGGUAGGCAAUAUAGCGGGCUACAUAAAUGGUAGAAUAACACGAUGCUUUAUCAGCGGGUUUCCAAUGAAUAUUGUGCAGUUGGGGCCCACCGGGUAUCAGACCAUGGGUAAGUCAUCAGGUGGACUGAACGUUAGUGUUCAUCCUUCUAGUAUACUUUUCGUUAAUUAUAAGGAAAAGGCGCAGAGACCGAGCAAAUAUGUGCUUUAUCAACAAUUGAUGUUAACAUCGAAGGAAUUUAUUAGGGACUGUUUAGUUAUCUCUAAAGAAGAAUGGCUGAUAGACAUGGUUCCGCAAAUCUUUAAAAGUUUAAUUGAGGAUAAAACAAAUAGGGGAAGACAGUGA